GAUUUGCCGGUAGUUUUUCUUUUGCUCCUGCACUUUUUUUAUGUCAAUUUUCCGAUUGGUAAUGAAGUUAUUCACAUAUUUUCCUACUGUGUUUGAAGAAUAUCGUCCAUGUGUGGUGUGUAGUAAUAUUACAAAUAUCGCCCGUGUGUGAUGUGUAGGAAUAUUAGGAAGUUAUUGGAUACCUAACUAUUAUAUAAAUAAUUAGCAUUAAACAAUCAGUCGCGAAAAAGUUUCAUUUUUUACAUAGCAUUGACCUCGUUGGGCUUUUCAAUUCAUUUAUUUAAAUUAUAAAAUUAUAAUUAGGAAACCAUUCCUGCAUCAUGAAAAUUCAAAAGAAAAAUGCUGUUGAAGAUGAAACCGCAUUAGUUCAGUUAGAACGUCGACAUACUUUAAAAGAAGAUACAAAUGAAGUGGAUUUGGAAGAUAAUCUUCGAAAAACGACUCGAGCUAAUAGCUUGGGAGGUUUUGAAGAAGGCCGUUCGUCUACAGAUAUUGAAGCUGUAAAUACUAAAAAGCAAAGCAAAUGUACGAGAAAGCCCACAGUUAUAACUGAAAGUGAAUUAUCUUCAUCAUCGCUCUACAAAGAUAGAAAAGCUAAAAUAAACUCGGACGAUGAAAGUAUCGAAGAUCCAAGGUCCACUAGGCCACCUGAAAAUCAUGAAGACUUGGAACCCAGAACUCUGCGGGAUCCUAACCUGAAGCCUGUUCCAGUUUCACAUCGGCGUCCUCGCAAGAAGUCGUCUUGCUGCUGGUAUUUCACAAUUGUUUUAGUGAUAUUAAUUGCUUGUUUAGCUGUUAUGGCUGGCAUUGGAGGUAUCGUAUUCAUGGAAUUUUUUGCGACUUACGAUGUCGCGGAUACUGGUACACUUGUGAAAAAUGAUGGAAAUCCUUCAGUUUCAAAAGAUAAUUUUCAACAUCCCUCCCACAGACAAGACAAUUCACCGAAAAAUGAGCCUGACAGACCGGAGAAUAUUUUAACAGAUUUUAUUAAAAAUUCCACAUUAUUUUCCCUGGAUAGUGAUGUGUCAAGAAAAACUAUAGUAAUCACUUCACAGUCGGUGGAAGAUAGUUUUCAAAGUCCAAAACUUACCAAUACAAAAGACAGCAAAGGAAAAGAAUUAAAUAAGAAUAAAAACAAUUUUGUCUUUGAAAAGCAAGGUACAAAAAUGGCUGAAAACCCUAGUACAGCAGAGCAUUCAGAUUUCUCAAGAAAUAUUAAUAAUCAUAUAAAUAAUUUGAAUCUUCCGGUUUCAGAUAAAUUUGUAGCGAUAAAAACGACCGCCAAAAAUCAAGAUUUAGUAAAAAUUAAACCUAAUGAUCAAAAUAUAAAUCAUAUCAUGAACAAAACACCUGACGCACAUGCAGAUGAAAGUAACAAAGAAAUGUUUGAAAAUGGAAAUAUCAUGGAGGAAAAGUCAAAUUCCGAAGGAGAAGCUAAAAAUGCUAGUGAAGAAAUGUUCCUGCCUAAAAGGAAUUUUAAUGAAAUGACUUCCCUUAAAAACACCGAAUCAAGAACUGAGCAGGGGGAUUCCGAUAUGUUGUUUAAAAGCCUUUCGACACAGAAUCGCACCGAACACUUAGCUCAUCUUCUAUCGAAUGAUAAUUCCCUUGGUCAUAUGAAAAAUGCAAUUGAUGAUAAUCUUGAAGAUAAUUCAUUUGACCAUAGAAAGCAUCCCAUUGAUCAUGACCCUAAAGAUGAUUCCUUAGAUCACACUGAAUUUUCUAUUGAACAUAAUUCUAAAAAGAACGAUUCCAUAGAUCAUGCUGAAUUUUCUAUUGAUCAAAAUCUUGAAAAAAAUGAUUCAUUAGAUCAUGAACAUUUAAUUGAUCAUAGUUCCAAAGAUAAUUCCAGGGACCAUGUUGAACAUUCCAUUGAUCAUGAUUCUAAAAAUAAUUCUUUGGAAGAUAUAAAACAUUUCAUUGGUCAUAACCCUGAAAAUAAUUCUUCGGAUCACAAUGAACAUUCCUUUGAUGAUCAAGAUAAAUCUUUAAAUGUCCAAAAUGAAGAUGCUAGAAACAUGGAUUCUGAUGAUAGUUCUUCUGAAGAACACUCACUAGCUGAUGAUCAGAUUAAGAAUUCUGAUGAUUCUGCUCAAUUAGUAUUUAUUCGACCAGUAGUCGAAUCAAAAGCUAUUCCAGUUCCUCUUACAUUCCUCCGGCGAAUUGGAUUCGACAUAAAGAAUCCAAAUAGUCAUCGGCCAAUGACUGCCCAAGAUAUGGAUAUAAAGUUUUCUCUUGCCGAAGCUCUGAAAUACUUGAGAACUCUUGAUGCAGACGAUAAAUUACCAGCUUCCAGAGAGAAAACUGUCACCCGGAAAACAAUAAAUCAAACAGAAAGUGAGAAAAAGGAAUUACCUUUGAUAACAGAGCGUGAAGAAUAUUUGAAUACCUUAAGGCAAAAGAUCUUUGAAGAGAACUCAUAAUUUUUAAAAUUUUAGAUACUUUUUUAAGGCAUUGCAGAUUUUUACUGGGGAAGUGUUCAUUUUUUAAAUGCAUAUACGUUUAUUCUCAAGUUUCAUUGUAUUUUAUUACCAUACAUUUUAAAACACUUUUAUAAAUUAAGAGUUUUAAAUUAUUUUAAACGUUAUGUAGUUUUAUUACUUUUGGAAAUCUUUAUAAAAGUCUGGAUUUUGUAAAAUACAACUUCUUAUUUAUAUA